GCCAGAGGCCACCCGUCGCCUCUCUCCUGCGGGAUGGCGACUUCCUCCCGGGGCCACCGUCACGUCGCCUUCCUCCUUCUCCCGCUGCUGCCGCCGCUGCUGCUGCUGCUCGCGACCACGCCACAGAGCCUCACAGCUCUCCGCUGCGUGUGCCUGCGCUGCGCCCGCACCAACUACACCUGCGACACGGACGGCCUGUGCCUCGCCUCGGCCACGCGUCUGGAGAACGGCUCCGUGGUGCACGAGCGCGUGUGCGUCUCGCUCCGCAACCUGCAGCCCCCGCACCGCCCCUUCUUCUGCCUGCGCUCCGUGCAGUUCUACGAGACGCUCUGCUGCGACACGGACUUCUGCAACAGCGUGGACAUCGCCCCGCCCGCCAGCAGCGUGGGCCCGACUCAGUCCCCGGGCCCGGCGCCGCUGUGGGGCCACAUGCACGUAGUGAUGGCCGCCUCGGCGCUCGCGGCGCUCUUCGCGUGCCUCUCGGCCGCGGGGCUCCGCGCGCUGCGGGGCUGGGGCCGUCACGAGGGGCCCCUCGCCGUGGGCAGGCUGCAGCGCGGCGCCCGCGCCGACAAGGAGCAGUCCCUGGGCCAGGCGUACAUCCUGGACGGGGUCAGCAUCCGGGACCUCUACGACUCGGGAACGACCGGCUCCGGAUCUGGCUUGCCGCUGCUGGUGCAGCGCACCAUCGCGCGCACCAUCGUGCUGCAGGAGGCCAUCGGCAAGGGCCGCUUCGGCGAGGUGUGGCGCGGCGUGUGGAGCGGCGAGCACGUGGCCGUCAAGAUCUUCUCGUCCAGGGACGAGCGCUCGUGGUUCCGCGAGACGGAGAUCUACCAGACCAUGAUGCUGCGCCACGAGCACAUCCUGGGAUUCAUCGCCGCCGACAACAAAGACAACGGCACGUGGACGCAGCUGUGGCUCGUGUCCGACUACCACGAGCUGGGCUCCCUGUUCGACUUCCUGAACCGCACCACGGUGACCGAGAGGGAGGUCAUCGCGCUCGCCCAGUCGGCAGCCAGCGGCCUGGCGCAUCUGCACAUGGAGAUCGUGGGCACGCAGGGCAAGCCGGCGAUCGCGCACCGUGACCUCAAGUCCAAGAACAUCCUGGUGAAGCGCAACCGCACGUGCUGCAUCGCGGACCUGGGCCUCGCCGUGCGCCACGACUCCGCCUCGGACUCCAUCGACAUCGCGCCCAGCAGCCGCACCGGCACCAAGCGGUACAUGGCCCCCGAGGUGCUGGCCGACUCCAUCAACGCGUGGCACUUCGACUCGUUCAAGCGCGCGGAUAUUUACGCUCUGGGGCUCGUCUUCUGGGAGAUGGCGCGGCGCUGCUCCAGUGGUGGGAUCACGGAGGAGUACCAGUUGCCGUACCACGACGCGGUGCCCCCGGACCCGUCGGUGGAGGACAUGCGGCGCGCGGUGUGCGACCAGAGGCUGCGGCCCAACAUCCCCAACCGCUGGCAGAGCUCCGAGGCGCUGAGGGCGAUGGGCCGCCUCAUGUGCGAGUGCUGGUACGGCAACGCGGCGGCGCGGCUCACGGCGCUGCGAGUCAAGAAGUCGCUCUCGCACCUCGAGCAGCAGACGUAGCACGGCCACGGCGCCACCACGGCGAUCCCCGACCCGUGCCGGGCUGGGCCCGACCCGUGCCGGGCUGGUCCCGACCCGUGCCGGAGCUGGGCCCGACCCGUGCUGGGCUGGGCCCGACCUCGCCCAACCUGGCCUGGGGCCCCAACUCGGCUCGACCCGAUCUGGCACCUCGACCUGACCCGAUCCAACGACUUCUCUCCGUGUCGGGUGACGCCGACCCGACUAGAUCUGACCCCGGCAGAGGCUUCUCGGAGCGGGAACGCUGUGGAAGGUGACCUUUGGUGACCUUUGGUGACCUUUGGCAGGAGACGAACCCACGGCGUGGGCAUCAGCGGGGACCCGGGCGCUAGACCAUCA